AUGGGGAAAACAGUCAGAAUUCUCAGAAGAUCAGUUUACACUUUUCUGCAAAAGUAUCAAUCUUACACUACAACUGUAGCAAUCCUUGCCUUACCUUAUGCAGCAUUAGUUCUAUUGUCAGAAUCUGCAAUUCCAUCAUCUGCUCUGCUUCAGGGGAUUCACAACCGGCUACAAUCGCUCUUCGAUGCUACCGGCUUUCCAAGGUCAUCGGAUUUCUUCGCGAUUCUUAACAUCAAGCUGUCUCAGACUAUUGCAACAUCUUAUCUAAUUUUCCCUUUCAUCUUCACCUUCUUCCUUUUCACCAAGGCAUUUGUAAUCCAUGCUUUGUCUAACCAUAAGGCCGUUUCGCAAACCCCUUUCGCCUUUUUCAAUUCCCUUUUUGGUCCCCUUUUGUACACUCAACUUUGCAACAUGAUACUAAUGAUCUCGGCAAAUGCAACCUGCUUCUGCAUCCUGUUCUUCACGUUUAACUGCGCCGAUGGAUUAGGCCUUGUGAACCUGAAAACACUGCUGGUGUUUUCAGCCACAGGAGCUGUUCUGUACUCCAUAGUUCUUGCCAAUUCCCUCAUCAUUUGCAAUCUUGCAUUUAUAGUCUCAGGGAUGGAAAAUUCCAGCGGAUACAUUGCGAUUCUCAAGGCUUGCGUCCUAAUUCGAGGAAGAACAGCAACAGCAUUAUCCUUGGCUCUGCCUGUUAACCUUGCACUGGCUGCAAUUGAGGCCUUAUUUCAAUACCGAAUUGUAAGAGCACUUCAUCUGUCAGAAUCUCCCUUUUCUUCCAUUGUUUUUGAAGGGAUAUUCAUAGCCUACUUAUACGCAAUUCUCCUCGUCUUAGAUACAGUUAUCGGUUGCAUCUUCUACAAAAGCUGCAAAUCAACAACUUCUUCUAUAGAGUUUGAAGCAGAACAGAUAUAUCAGAUCGAGUUUGAAGGUAAAGAUGCUAAUGUCAUUUCCAAAUGGAAAACAUUGGAAACACUUCCUUAG